GGAGCAUGCAUUCAUCAUUCACCGUUCGUAGCAGUUGCACCGUCCUAUCCGAUUACAGCCGCGGAAGUGGAAGUGAAGGUGAAAAAAACGACAAUCAAUUGCCAGUGCAGCAGUUGAACCGGUCUCAGCAUGUCUCUGGCGGGUCAAAGUGCGGUCGUUUUUGGUGGCUGCGGUGGCAUGGGAAUGGCAAUAGGGCAGCAUCUGCUCAGGCAGGGAGUGAAGAAACUGUGCAUCGUUGAUGUGGUGGAGCUGACCGAUUCCAAUCUGUCGUGUUUGAAAGAAAGCGGUCGCGAUGCGCUGAUACUCUGCAAAAUCUGCGACAUCUCGAAUCGUGCGGCGUUGAAGCAGCUGCUGGAGCGGGACAUCAGCGAGGCGCUGGGCUCGAUCGAUAUCUUGGUGAAUUCGGCCGGCAUCGUUGAGAGUGAAGUGCCCGAUAAACUGAUCGGCGUUAAUUUGACGGGUGUGAUCAACUCAUGCCUCAUUGCGCUGAACUUGAUGUCCCGGGCGAAGGGUGGCAAGGGUGGCGUUAUAGUGAAUGUGGCAUCAACAGCAGGGCUAGAACCGAUCCCAUUUCUUCCCACCUAUUGUGCAUCGAAGCAUGGCUUAAUUGGGUUCACACGAUCGCUGGGGGUUGAACCUGUGUACAGCGAAACAGGCGUCAAGUUUAUCAUCAUCUGUCCGGGUGGGACACGUACUCGGAUGUUUGAAAACUGCCGCACACUGUCGAUUGAGAUCGAGGUGUUGCAAACGAUGUUUCGCGAAUUUAAACAUCCAUAUGCACCGCAAAGCCCUGAUGUCGUUGGAGCUUGCAUAGUGCAGGCCAUCGUAGAGGGAGACAACGGAUCGACUUGGAUCUGUAACGAUGGUAAAAUCGAAAUUCAUUCCUACCCAGCGUCCCGGUUUUUGUGAGUAUGUGUAUUGCAUAAGAGUACAUAAAGGAUAUUCAAAAUACAUUAUAUUGAAGCAAAAUAAAUGUGGAUAUUGGUACGAUUA